GCGUGGGGUCUGCAUGGGGUCUAUAUGGGGUUUAUGUGGGGUCUAUAUGGGGUCUGUGUGGGGUCUGUAUGGGGUCUAUAUGGGGUCUCUGUGGGGUCUGCGUGGGGUUUAUAUGGGGUCCGUAUGGGUUCUAUAUGGGGUCUGUGUGGGGUCCAUGUGGGGUCUAUAGGGGAUCUAUAUGGGGUCUGUGUGGGGUCCACAUGGGGUAUAUAGGGGAUCUAUGUGGGAUCUAUAUGGGUUCUAUAUGGGAUCUAUAUGGGUUCUGCGUGGGGUCUGCAUGGGGGUGUAUAUGGGAUCUAUAUGGGAUGUAUAUGGGGUCUAUAUGAGAUCUAUAUAGGGUCUAUAUGGGAUCUAUAUGGGGUCUAUAUAUGAUCUGUAUGGGGUCUAUAUGGGAUCUAUAUGGGGUCUAUAUGGGGUCUAUAUGGGAUCUAUAUGGGGUCUAUAUGGGUUCUAUAUGGGUUCUAUAUGGGAUGUGUAUGAGAUCUAUAUUGGGGUCUGUAUGGGGUCUAUAUGGGGUCUAUAUGGGAUCUAUAUGGGGUCUAUAUGGGAUCUAUAUGGGAUCUAUAUGGGGUCCUAUAUGGGAUCUAUAUGGGUUGUAUAUGGGGUCUAUAUGGGGUCUAUAUAGGGUCUAUAUGGGGUCUGUAUGGGUUCCACGUGGCGGCUGUGUGGGUCCGUGUGGGGUCUGCAUGGGGUCUGUAUGGGGUCUGUAUGGGGUCUGUGUAGGGUCUAUAUGGGGUCUAUAUGGGAUCUAUAUGGAGUCUAUAUGGGGUCUAUAUGGGGUCUAUAUGGGAUCUAUAUGGGGUUUAUGUGGGGUCUGUAUGGGUUCUAUAUGGGGUCUAUAUGGGGUCUGUGUAGGGUCUGUAUGGGAUCUUUAUGGGGUCUAUAUGGGGUCUAUAUGUGAUCUAUAUGGGGUCUAUAUGGGAUCUAUAUGGGAUCUAUAUGGGAUCUAUAUGGGAUCUAUAUGGGGUCUAUAUGGGAUCUAUAUGGGUUCUAUAUGGGGUCUGUGUAGGGUCUAUAUGGGGUCUGUAUGGAGUCCGUGUGGGGUUUGCGUGGGGUCUAUAUGGGUUCUGCAAUGGGUAUGCAUGGGGUGUAUAUGGAGUCUAUAUGGGAUCUAUAUGGGAUCUAUAUCGGUUCUAUAUAGGAUCUAUAUAGGGUCUAUAUGGGGUCUAUAUAUGAUCUGUAUGGGGUCUAUAUGGGUUCUAUAUGGGGAUCUAUAUGGGGUCUGUAUGGGUUCUGCAUGGGAUCUAUAUGGGAUCUAUAUGGGGUCUAUAUGGGAUCUAUAUGUGAUCUAUAUGGGGUCUGUAUGGGGUCUGUAUGGGAUCUAUAUGGGGUCUAUAUGGGUUCUAUAUGGGUUCUAUAUGGGAUGUGUAUGAGAUCUUUAUGGGCUCUAUAUGGGGUCUAUACGGGAUCUAUAUGAGAUCUAUAUGGGAUCUAUAUGGGUUCUAUAUGGGAUCUAUAUGGGGUCUAUAUGGGUUCCACGUGGGGGCUGUGUGGGUCCAUGUGGGGUCUGCAUGGGGUCUAUAUGGGGUCUGCAUGGGGUCUAUAUGGGGUCUGCAUGGGUUGUAUAUGGGAUCUAUAUGGGGUCUAUGUGGGUUCUAUACGGGAUCUAUAUGGGAUCUAUAUGGGGUCUAUAUGGGUUCUAUAUGGGUUCUAUAUGGGAUGUGUAUGAGAUCUAUAUGGGGGUGUAUAUGGGAUCUAUAUGGGAUCUAUAUGGGUUCUAUAUGGGUUCUAUAUGGGUUCUAUAUGGGGGUGUAUAUGGGAUCUAUAUGGGAUCUAUAUGGGAUCUAUACGGGGUCUGUAUGGGUUCCACGUGGGCUCUGCAUGGGGUCCCUGUGGGCUCCGUCCGCACGCUGCCCCCAGCCCCCCGUGCCCCCCAGCGCUUCGACCCCGAGCUGUACAAGCUGGCCAUGCCCGUGCCUCUGCGCCAU